AUGACGAAGAUCACUCAAAGUGUGGUGGCUAUGGAUUCAAUUGAUAAAAACGUUCCAGUUCUUUGGCAAGAUGAUGAGUUCGUUAUAAGGUACAAUGUUGCAAAGAGUGUGCAUAAACUAGUCUUGUCGAUGAACAAGAGUGCUUCCGAUUGCAAUAACCAAUCAAGUUUGAGAGGAGAUGAUGUACUAUUGAAAUGGACACAUACCUGUCUUUCCAUCGAUCCUCAAUCGUUCAUACUGAAGAAGACAGACCAAGUUUCUAGGAUACAAUUGGUAUGGUGUCAUGGAAACGUUGUAUAUUGCGAUUCCUUGACUAUUGAUUCUCAAAAUAUUGUUGGUUUUGAGACUGAGCCUCUAAUUACUGUUGAUUUUGAUGUAUCGGCUUACUAUGUGAUAUGGAACCAUGGCUUAGUGUUGUUGUAUGAAAAACUGUCUUCGAUUCUACAUGUCUUUGACACUGGAUAUAACAAGAAGAUUGGAGAAAUAGCGAUGUAUUCAACAGAUCUCCAUGAUACUCCAAUGCGAAGUUACGUUCUCUACAGUAGAAAUCACGAUUUAUUUAGCGUUGUAGUUUUCGAAUACGAUUCUUCAAUCAAGAAAACUAUUCACUAUUUGAACACUUAUAGCCUGCCGAAUUUCAAUCUGAAGCAUUACUCGAGAUUACCAGAAGGUUACAUCGAUUAUGUAAUAUUACAACCACAACCAUCAACCAUCAGAACGUGCAACACACUCAACAAUGAAAUAAUAACAAUAUGUUCAUAUUGCAAUAUAUUGCAAAAAAUAACAAUCCAAUGGUUCUCCUUCACAAAUGAAACAAACACCAAACCAUGGUUUGAGACCACCAUACGGGACUACAGCUUUAACAUGGGAGCCACCAUUAAAGACCAUACUGUCAGCUUACUGUUGUCAAAUAGCAACGCAACGGGCAAGCAACUAUUUCGAGCAACCUUUGACCCAUUUUCAUUAUCGCAAGAAUGGGAAAUCAACCAAAUAAAUAACUAG